AUGCUCCUUGCCACAUGUCACUCAGGUGGAAGGGACUUGGAUGAUACCUGUUGGUUGACUAGGAAGACUUGUGUAUACACAUGUCGUACAACUCUUGGAUACAUGAUGUGGAGGUGGUUGCUACUUGCCAACAAGAUUGGACAUGUCCAUGUGUCGUGGAAGCACGAACUUAUCAAAAUCAGUAUUGAAAACAAUGGUGGAGAACAUAUCCCUCCACCAGGAUUUCCAGAGGAAGCAAAUAGCGCUGCUAGUGAGGAUGAUGAAGCACAGACUGAUGCUUCAUCGAAUUUUCAUGACCAAUUAUCCCCUUUAAAAGGCGAGGUAGAGGGAGGAGACUCAAGUUUGGACUCAAAAUCUAAUUUAGAUUCUGAGCCACAGGAGCAUGUUGAUAUUCCUGAUGAAUCACAAGAAGAAAACGAAGAUUUAUUAUUGAAAGAGAAUAAGGAAACUAGUGAAGUGAGCACGUCAUGCCAUGUUAAGGAGAAAUGUCAUUUGAUUGACACAAAUUUAGUACAAAAUUUUAAUGUAGAGAAAAAUGACUUGGAGGUGAAUGAAAUUGCUUCGCCUGAGGAUGCAAUACUGGACACAAGUACUCAGAGUGAAAAUUCUGCAGCAAUUUCUGAACCGCCAAAUGACUAUCUGGUUUUUCCUGAAGAGAUGAUACUGACGGUGAGUGAAUUAGGCAAUGGAGAGAAUAUGAGUUAUGGCAAUCAAACUCAUCCCUCGGAUAAAGAAAUCAAUCAGUUGGUGAGUCUCAGUGCAGAUCAAUCUCAGUCAACGAUUGAAUCCGAGAGUAAAGAAGAUGAGGAUGAAGAUGCAGUUGGGAUUAAUUCCAGUUCUAGUCCACGGGAAGUUGAUCCUGUUGGGGAGACAGAUAAUCGAAAUCAAAUUGGCUGGACAGAAUCCAUUCCAAGUGCAUACUUGGACACAAAUGAAGUUAUUCAAAUGUUGGCAGGAACUGAAUCAGGUCCAACCAGAGAAUGCAUAGACACCAGUAAGGAAAAUGGAGAUGAAGAGGCUACAAAUGAAGGUAUACUCGCUAAGGAAGUCCCAGGUGAAGAAGAUGCAUCUACGACAGAAAAUGGCCACGAAACUGAUAACAGGGAAGGCAUAGCAGAUGUGCAAGAAUGUAACGGUUGUGAACAAUUUUUUCAAGAAUGCUCUAUUGCCAAUGUCAGCUAUGAAAUCAAUGAAACAUCAACAAAGCAUUCACUGGAUAAUACAGAAACUAAUGUUGCACAAAGUGCUCAGACUAAUUCCAUUCCAUCACCAGGAGGCGUAGGUGUUUCAUUGGAGCUCAGAAAGUCUUCAAGUUCUGACCUUGGUGUUUCAUUCGAUGCUAGGUCCGCAGAAUUUGAUCAAACCCCAUUGCUAUAUCAGGACAAGACUGCAACUCGAAGUUUUUCGAGCUGUGCAACUCUAAUUAGAACCUCAUUACAGUAUGAUCAGGAAGUUGGAGUGGAAGAAAAAACCAUUAGAUUAAUGGAAAGAAGCAAUUCGGAAAAUUCAAGAGCUCCAUUUCCGAACGCGAUCAAGAAAGAGGAAAAGGCUAUUGCGAUGUAUACAGAAGAAAAACAAGAAACCAAUGGUGUGGAUAAGAAGGGAGAUAAGGAUUUGCUGGCACUGGAACAAAAAGAAUUAGUAUCCAAUUCUCCAAAGGGAAAUGCGAAGCGCAGGCCUAAAUAUUCCAUUUUCACUACCUGCAUUUGUUGCACAGCAGCAAUCAGUUAA